AAGUUUUUUUUUAAAUCAGUACUAAUAGCUAUAGUAUUUUAUGUUUCAAUUAAAAAUUGUGUAUCGAAAAAUUUCUCUUGAAAAUGUCAAAAUCAACAAUCUCCGAUGAUUACCCAGUAGACGAUCUAGACGCCGAGUUUCAUUCUAAUAUAAAAUUAGCCAAAUCAAUAUUAAAAACUUUGAAGCGACCAAAAGAUCGUGAAAUUACAUCACGUUUGAUAGACCGUGUGAAAGCCCUAAAUUCAAAUAGUUUAGAAGUCAAAUCGAACCGAAAUAAAUUUACAAAAUAUUUUCUAAAAGUUCUUCAAAGAAACAGCGAUACCCAGCCAAAGGAAUAUGAUCAAUGGUUCAAACCAAGCGAACAUAGAGAACCUACACAAACAGCUUUAUGGUCUUCCGAUCGUCGCACUUUUAUAGCAACAAAAACAAUUCCCGGAUUUGGUUUGCUUGUUUACAUGGCAGUAACUUAUGAGCCUGAAUUAGGUUGGCAAGACUAUGGAUUUCUGUCCUAUGAUUUUACAAAUACAGCACAAUAUUGAGAAAAAUCGUGCAAUUCGAAUUUAAGAUACAUGUGGAAUGCUUUAUAUAAUUUUUUUUUUUCUUUGGGUAUAUUG